CAGGGUAAACGUUUUUGGGAAACCAUUCGUGUCAGACGAGCUUGCAUAGAGGGCACUUCAUCAAAGGGGAAGAGAAAAAAAACAAGAAACAGAACUUGAAACUAACAUGCAGAUUCCAGAGAACUCCACUGAAGUGUCAAUCCGGAUCUCGGAAGUACUAGAUGAUAUUGGAGCUGGAAAGGAUACUGUAAUGGAGCGGAGAAGAACUUACUUGUGGAAGGAGCGUAAUGAGACGAUAGGAGUGCAACUUAUUGGAAUGAACGCCAAUUGUUUUCAUUUCGGGAGCCAAUCGGAAGGGACUACCACGCCCGGUCUCCAGUCUGACAUUGAUAUCCUAUACAGCAACAACGAUGUGAAUAUCAUGAGAGUCUGGGGAGACUGGGAGGCGGGAAUGGGGAACCUUCUGAUGCUCCAAGACAACAGAACACCUCCGCAACAGUACCUUCUACAAGUCAGUAGAGGGGACUCAUCAGGACCGGCGAGCAGUUUGUGUAAUGACGCUUACGUUAUGAAACAUUCUGGGGAAGUACUUUUAAGCGCUGAACGAUUUAAGCAGGAAAUCGAACAUGCCAAUAGAGAUCUUGGAGAAGCAAUCAAAAGUGGACCCUCUGUAAGCUUCCUGCCUAAUUGGGAUUUUGUAUACGCAUUCCACGUUCUCAAACCUCUUCCUGAAAUUCAAAACUGGAUAGACAGAUGUAGAGGUAGACACUGGCCACCUGUUCAGCUACUUGAAGGUGCACGAGUAGCUCCGUGUUUCCUGGUACCAGCCGGUCACCCAGAUAGUGACUACACGCGCGAAGAAUGGAGGCUUUCUCCAAACUUGAUAGAACGAAUGUUGAUGUUUAGCUUAAAUAUGACGCAGAUUAAAUGUUACGUUAUUUUAAAAUUAAUUAAAAAAUCCUUAUUUUAUGAAAAUGUGGGAGAUUGUAUAACAAGCUAUCAUUGUAAAACUAUAAUGUUUUACACAAUUGAACAAACCCAUACUUUGUUGUGGUCCGAACAUAACAUUUUGUUUCUACUUUUACUUUGUUUACGCAAAUUAAGGACAUUCCUACGAUUGGGAAGGCUCCCGCAUUACGUCAUAGAAGGAGUGAACUUGUUCGAUGGGAAAGUCUCUAAGGUUCAGCAGAGACGCCUUUUAGUGUAUAUAGACUACAUGAUUAGGAACAACUUACAGGAUGUAUUUUAUAUUGGUAUAGAUAACAUAGGAAGUAUGUUACAGCCCCGUAGUUUACUGCGAAACGUACAAGAUGGAGACCCAAGGCGUGAGUGCGUACAUAACAGCAUCAGCUUACUUCUGAGGUUUGAGCUGAUGAAUAAUUUGCUUGAACGUUGUAACAUAUAUCGAAUACAAAAAUCUAAUACAACCCUGAUACAAAAUAUAAAAUACAGAUUACACAAUGCAUUGCAAUACUUAACGAAUGUAAGAUUGAAAAGUUGUGCUUUAGAAUUCAUUAAACAUGUGUAUGCGUUAGUACAUUCAAUGAAAUUAUCUGACUGUUUGCGAUUACGCAACGUUUCUAACAACAAACUUAUAAUGCGUUUGCAAUAUACCUUAAACAUGGAUGUAGCUUCUAGUCGCUUAAAGUUGGCGUCUAUAUUGUACUGUAGUGGUCAUCUUCACGCGGCAGUUAGAGUGUUGGAGGAUGUUGAGAGGAGGUAUCACAAUAGGGUCAAGGCUGUGUGCUCUAGUAGAAGUAUAGAAGGAGACCGCGAUUUCCAUGUGUUUGCUGAUAUGCAAUCAGGAAACAAGGAUGGGUUCAGUGAACUGCCAUUUGCAUUCUGUGUCAGAAUGUUUAGGCAAGAAUCGUACUGCACUCCUUUCAUAUUGUUGUUUGAAAUGAAUCGCAAUAUUGCAGAAGAGGAAGUUGAAGCCAGAGAUUACUUUGAGACUUUUUUUAUGGAGAACGCUGAGGUGGAUGCUCGUCCGUUCCUACACUAUCUGCAGUACCUCACGUAUGGAGGACUCGGUGAACGUGACAAACAGCUUAAUGCAUUUAGAGUAUUGGAGUCUUACAUAUAUGAUUCCAGAAAUCAUAUAAACCUGUAUCACCCAGAAACUGCAUUGAACUUGCUAGGGCACUGCUAUGAAAUGGAACAAGACUAUACAAAGGCAUUACAUAUCUAUAGGGUAUCGUUGCUUCGGUGCGAUAUCAACAAUGCCGCUUAUCGGCACGCCCUGCGUGUUGGGCGUCUUAAAAUUUAUCAACUGCUAAGUGUUUAGCUAAGAAAUGUCUAUUAUGUUCUACUUGUACUUUGUUUGUUCUCGUGGUACUAGUAUUUAUCUAAGUUACGUGAGACAAGAAAUGUCUUAAAAUAAAAAAAUAUUCGGCCUUUAAACUGACUUUAAAGGGAUCUUCAACCACGACGACGAAGAAAAAAAGUUGUAGAAUACCGUAUUUUUUACAAUUAUUAGUUUAUUUUGAUUAAAAUAUCAAGACUGGCAUAUUACAUUACUUGAAAAAAGUGUUAAGUUUUUAUAUUUUCUGUAUGUUUUGUAAUAAAUUUUACUGGGUAUGUCUACCAGGUAACUACCAGUUAACUAUAAAUAAAGCCAGUAGAUUGAUCAUCACCGACACGUGGUAAACCCAGAAAUACAAAUUGUGCAUGCGUAGUGUAUUGUAUAUAUUAUAUAUAAAAAUGAUAAAUCUCCUUGCGUUAUGUAUAGUGUGUAAAUCGUUAUGUCACCUUUUUUCCCAAUGAACUUUCGAUUUCAGAUCGCGAAAUUUUAUUACCGAAUAUACUGAACUUUUUUCAAGUAAUGUAAUAUACCAGUCGUGAUAUUUUAAUCAAUAUAAACUUAAAAUUAAAAAAAAACGGUAUUUUAGUACUUGUCUUUUUUCGUCAUUCGUGGUUGACAGUCCCUUUAAAAUAAAAGUAUAAAAUAUUACGUUUAUAAAUAAUUCGAUUGAAAACAAAUGUUAAAUUGUUUUUUUUCUCUCGCAUGUAAGUCGCAUAUACCCUGCAUGAAAUUUGGGUUAUUAAAUGCACGUUUAUUCAAACCAUACAAUAGUGUUCGUAGAUAAAAAUUACACUACGGGAAAUCUUACCAUAAAUGUUCCCACAUGGUGUAUUAUGAGUUUAUUUCAUUUACAUGGAAACAUACGGUAUGUUAAUAUUUGAUAAACACGCAGUUUCUUUAGACACAUUCAAAUCACAAUUAUUGCGUAAUGCGAAAAUGGGUUAUAUGGCGUAGCUCAGGCCCAGUUUCGCAGUGUGAUCAGGAGCUACGCUGUCCGCAAUAAAAUAACGCAAGGUUUCGUUGUCUCAUGAAGUGACCCCUGACCAGACAGCGAGACUGCAGGCUAGGCUAAAGCUACGCUGGUCGCAUAUGGUAUAAGACCCAUUUUCGCAUGACGCGGUUUAAAAAUCUAAUUGCUUCUUGUUGAUGGACACAUCUAAGCAUAAUACUUGUCGAUAUAUAAUCAAAGUCAAACUGUGUUGUUUCUAGCAAACUGGAACAUUUCGGUAGUUUUAAAGGCGCUCAGGAACGAUUUUCAGACGGGCUGACCGAGUUCGGCAAACAUUUUUUUUUAUUAAACGAGUUCAGUCUUAUUAUGUCACUAAACUAUUUCGGAAGUGUUUGUGUUGUCAUCUUGAAAGCAACACGUGUUAUCGACUUUUAUCGAUAGUCUAUUAUGACUUUCCCGGACGAUUUAGCGACCGAGUACGGAUCCUAAAAUUGUGCAAGAUGAAUUUGUACAUGUAAUGUUAUCAGAGCCAAAGUUGUGUAUAUGUGUCAUUAAACAUGCAGAUAGAAGUGUGGAAUUCCUUAUAAUGAACAAUGUUACAUCCUUUACGCUGUACACAGACGCAGUUAUGUUGCCUAAGUUCUGCGGAUUUCUCUCGAAUCAGCAAAAUAAAUAUUCGGAUGUAUUCAUUCGGAUCUGCUGGCGUUAUGUUAAGGUCAUUUAAGGUGAUUCGAUGGGUUAAACAGCUACUUCGAAAAAAUAAUAUUUUCACGAGCGCUUUCGCCUAGAUGUGGUUCUCAAAGUGAUUAUCGACACUGUUCUUGUAACUACGGAAACCUACCUAAUUAUGACAGGACGUUGGGUAAAAAAUUCAAAUUUUUUAUUAAUCGUGGUUUUCCUCCCACUAGAUGGGGAUUUAUUUAUUGAGUUUAAUAUCAACAACACAAUUUUUCUCUCAUGACGAUUAUAAAUAUUGACUUAAAAUGCUGCAUAAAGCUUAAUAUGUAUGCAUGAUUCUUAUUCUUUGUUACUUUGAAUGACGAAGUGUCUAAAUUCAAAUACGAAUUCUCGUACACAAUUCAAUACAUACAUACAUGAUUACGAUGUGAGGUCAAUAUAGUUUUAUCGAUUAUAUAUGUCUAAUGUAACUUGAAACUUAACAUAUUUGCAUUUCAGCUGAUAAUCGACAUGGUCUGUAUAGACACCAUGAUAUGAGUACAAGGGCGAUAUCAGUUGACCGGAAGUAUAACUGCUUCAUCUAAAAUGGCAUGAUACUUAUUAUUGUAUUAUUUGCAUGAAGCGAACGCAUCUUCCAUAGAAACAUCUGUCAAUAAAAAAUCUCUUAUUUUUAUAAAAAGUAUUUUACGACGUCAGUUGAUUUUGAUGUUUUAAAUGGUAUAUCUAUUAUCUUUCAGGGGCGAUUUUAAAAUUUCCCGGGUGUGAUACUGCAAGUAGUAUGGUUGAAAUUUUAAUGUCACACUAUUUUGCAUCAUUAAAUA